AACGAGAAUUCGUCAAUUUUUCAACAACAGUUAAUCUCUUUUUACCUCUAGAUGUUUUCUUAAUUUUAAAAUUUGUUUUAUUUAUUUUUUCUUGAUUGCUCUAUUUUUAUAUUAUAGUUAUUAUUUUAUUAACUAUUUCUAUUGUAUUAUUUCUCACUUGAAUUUCAAAGUGGUGCUUUCUCUAUGUGAUUUCAGUGACCAUUACAACCUGUAUUACUGAUAAGAAGACAUUGAUUGCCAUUGUAUUAUUAUUAUCUUAUAUCUUCCGAUCAUCAUCCUUACUGUUAUUUAAGUAAAUAUUAUUUGGCUAUUAACAUAACCGCAUUGUUGCUCACAAUGGACUCGAAAUAAACCGUAUCUACAAUUUGAUCGUUUGAACCAUAUCCUUAUUGGGUUAAAUACCGAGUCACUGGAUAAAGCAUUACCUGAUUGAUAUAGAGUAUAAAAGUACUCUAUCUAGUGAUUUAGGUCAACUUCGGUGUCUUCGCCGUCUGGGCAGCUCAUCACAGGAUUCCAGUGAAAUGCGUCAAAUGCCUUGGUUCGGAAUGGAUAUCGGUGGUACUCUUGUUAAACUGGUUUACUUCGAACCCACCGAUAACACUCCAGACGAUGAGAAAAAUGAAACUGAAACAGUAAAAAUCAUUCGCCAUUAUCUGAAAAGUCGUUCAGCUUAUGGUAAAACUGGUAAACGUGAUGUUCACCUUCAAAUGGAAUGUUCCAUCAAAAAUCGUCGUGGAAUCCUUCACUUUGUACGCUUUCCAACGAGUGAAAUGCCAGUUUUCAUUAGUUUAGCUCGUUCAAAAGGAAUCGCUCAAUUGGCCAGCACAGUUUGUGCCACUGGUGGAGGUGCUUAUAAAUUUGAAAAGCAAUUUUCCGAAGAACUUAAUCUGACUCUGAAAAAAUUUGAUGAACUUGCUUCUCUCAUUCAUGGUAUCCAUUUCAUUGAGAGAUAUAAUCCACAAGAAUGUUUUUACCUUCAAAAUCCAAUGGAAGAUGAAAAAUUUCGUAAAAUUCCCUUCGAUUUCAGUGACUCAUACCCAUUCCUAGUGGUAAACAUUGGAUCUGGUGUUUCCAUUCUCGCUGUUUACUCACAAGACAAGUAUAAACGCGUCUCAGGUACCAGUCUUGGUGGCGGAACAUUCGUUGGCCUUUGCUGUCUUCUUACUGGUUGUGAAACUUUCGAGGACGCCAUUGCUUUAGCCAGCUCCGGUGAUUCAAAUAAAGUUGACAAAUUAGUCAGAGAUAUUUACGGUGGUGAUUAUCCUAAAUUUGGCCUAACUGGGGAUACGAUUGCUUGCAGUUUUGGACACAUGAUUAGCAAGGAGAAGCGAGAUAAAGUGAGCAAAGCUGACUUAGCUCGAGCCACUUUAGUUACCAUUACAAAUAACAUUGGAUCGAUUGCACGAAUGUGCGCUGUCAAUGAAGGAAUUGAACGUGUUGUUUUCACGGGUAACUUUCUCCGUGUAAAUCAAAUUUCAAUGCGACUUUUAGCUUAUGCUAUGGACUUUUGGUCUGGUGGAACCUUGAAAGCUCUUUUCCUCGAACAUGAAGGAUACUUUGGAGCUGUUGGCUGUCUUCUUGAAUUGGUUUGAUCAUAGUUCAGCCAAUUAUCCAAAAAGCUGUCCACCACUUCGUUAGUUAAAUUGUUUCAUAAUUUGUAUCGAGAAAUACCAAUCAAAAGCCAAAAUUUGAACAACUUACAGCAUAUCUAAAGCAAAGCUUUUCCCGAAAAAUUUCCGGUUUUAUAUUGACUACUUUUUUAUAAUUGUUAACCCAGUUGGACUAAAUGUGCUCGAAUGUUUCCCGAUGUUUGACUGUCAUGUCCCGAUGAUCGGAAAAUCUUAAUAUUUCUUCUCUUUUCCAUUUUUUAUGUGACAAAUGAAAAGUUUUAUAUCCACAAUUCAUUACUGAUCAGCUCAUACAAGUAAAAGCUAAUCUACUGAGACUUGAGUGAUCUUAUUUUGUUUUAUUAGCAAAAACCUGAAGGUUUUCUAGUUAAUUCAGCAUCAAAGCUAUGUAACUUCAAUAAAACUUAAUCAAAAAUCAUUCAAUCACUUGAAUGAUUUUUGAUUUUUGAUAUUUA